CGAGAUAUCACGCGGCGCGAGAUGACCGAAAUGACGUUCACACAGCAACUCACCGCCAACCUUGCGUUUUUUUUGUUUUCAUGGCCGUUUCAUUCGAUCCGCAAUUAGCAACGUUUCAGCCGUCAUCAGUCGCUUCAGUUCCCGUUUCUACUCCAGCUGCCAAUGCUUCGUCGCCGAGUCCGGGUUCGCCGAGGACGCCACCAGUUUGCAAGUUCUUCAAGUCACCGCUGUAGGAAGGGAGAUCAAUGUCCGUUUCGCCAUGUCGUGAAGGCACAGUCGCCAGCACCUCUGCCCUCUGUGGAGGCGAAGGAGAUCAGUGGAUCCAGUGCUCCAAUUCCUGGACCAAAGGAUUCAGUCAAGGCAUUUCAACCUACGCCUCAACGACGGCAUAACUCCGCCGUUGAUCCAAAUAGAGUUGUCCAGCGUCCAACACCGAAGGGCGUGGCAAAGGCAACUCUUCCAUCGAUCCGCGCAUUGGAGAUCACCCAACUGAGGAGGCGUUUCCCAUUUCUCGCCGAGAGGGCGGGUACCGACGGAACAACCAUUUUAUCGAUCAACCUUUCACCAUCUGACCCAGAUUUUCCAUAUGAUAUUACAGCUCUAUCCUUCGACUUGUCAAUCCCCGACAAGUACCCUCAAGAGCAGCCAACAUUGAGGGUGAAGAACUCAGAUAUUCCAGUGGGAUAUGCUGUCAAUGUGGAUAGAGGCUUUAAUCAGCUGGCGAAGGAACUGGUAGGCAAGACAGCUUUGCUGGGCAUGGUGAAUCAGCUUGAUCGGAAGUUGGAGGAGUUUUUGGCUGGCAAGAAAGCAGAGACAUUCAAAGUCGUACGGCAUGCUGCGCAGAAGAAGCCAGAGGAAGCCAAGUCGAUUCCCUCGGCACCAGUGACACAGUCUCCACCGCGAAUGCACCCAGUGCAACCUCCUAAACCGACUCCGUCAUACACGGCUGACCAGCGUACAACUGCAACGAUCAAGAGAGAAUCAGAUAUCCGUCAUCUUGAGGCUAGACUGCGCGAUGCCAAAUUAUUCUCGACAAACAAGAACAUCACGACGUACCUUGUCCCGCUGAAGAUUACCAACUUCACCGGGCUUCCAUCCGAUAUGCACGGCGCAUUCAGUGCCAAGCUGCAUAUCCCAACGCUCUACAACCUGGAGCCGUGUACCAUCGAGCUGCCAAAGUCUGAUCCCGAGGUUGCUGGUAGGAUUGAGAGGAGGUUCGAGGAGUGGGCUAGGAGUCAUGCGGAUGGAACGCUCGUGAGCAAGUUGAAUUACCUCACGGUCAAUAUGCACAAGAUGGCUGCGCCGGAGGAGGAGAGGAAGAAGGUUGAGGAGGUUGUCACUCAAGCUAUGGCAGCCAUCUCCGUCACUGAUACUCGAGAGGGUGACGGAUCUGAAAAGAUACCAGCGAAAGAUAUCUUUGGUGUGGUUGACGACGAGAAGCACAAUGUACAAUUCAUUCUCAGACCAGAUCAUGUGUACAGUGUGGGUUACGACGGGGGAACGCCAAGCUUGGAGGAAGAGAGCUAUUCGUCUGACUACAGCUCCUCAGAAGAAGACUCCGAGGAAGAGGAACGUGCAGCAACCGUUGAGGCGGCAGCAGUGGGUGAUACGAAGGCUCCACCUCAUGGCACUGCCAUCUACCUUCCCGAGAUCCGCCUCGAGAACAUCUCGCUUCUGGAAGCGGCAUCUCUCUCCAUAUCAGUCAAGUGCGAGCGAUGUCGGCAUGUCUCGGAACAUCAGAAUAUCGUUCCGAACAGAACUCAGCCUCGCUUCUUUGCUUGCAACCAAUGCUCGCGAACUAUGGGUAUCGACUUCCGAAAGGAGCUUGUGCACGAGAAUUCGAACAGGUUGGGUUAUCUUGACUUGGAUGGGUGCACCAUUUUCGAUAUGCUUCCCUCAAACUUUACCGUGACAUGUGCUGAGUGUGACAUUGCGGCACCGAGUGGGGUCAGGAACCUCGUCAAGGGUGAUGCGAGCAGUAUCUUCUGUCAUAAAUGCCACACGAGGCUUACCGUUCAUCUCAAGGACGUUCGGUUUCGCAAGAUUGGAGCUGGUGGCGCGGAGCUUACAGGAGGUUUGGCUCUCAAAGCAAGAAAAGAAAAGAAACAAAAUCUUGGAAUCACUGUCGGCACGGCUCUGCCGGACAAAGGUGCUUGCAAGCACUACCGGAAGAGCUACCGAUGGUUUAGGUUCCCAUGUUGUAAGAAGGUCUUUGCGUGUGAUACGUGUCACGAUGAGCUUAGUGGGCAUCCUCAUGUCUUUGCUACACGGCAGAUCUGUGGCUUCUGCUCUCGUGAGCAGGUUUAUACACCCGAUAAGCCGUGUAUUGCCUGUGGUCGUGGGAUGAAGUCUAGGAGAACUCGUUUCUGGGAAGGAGGAGAGGGGAUGAGAGAUCAGCGCAAGAUGUCAAGGAAGGAUCCAAGGAAGUAUAAGCGGAAGCUUGGUAGUGCUGCCAAAGCUGCGGCGAAAUAAUUAGCAUAGCAAACCCGACAUGCAUUGUCUCACGAUACCGGAACAUUGUAGUGCGUUGUCAAGUUAACUCUAAGGCGAGGAUGAUGCUAUG